UGCUUCUCCCCGGAAGUGCUCUUCCAGCACUGACUGCCGGCGUGACUUUGAACGCUUCUGGCAGUGGUGCAGGUUGCUGGGUACACCGGGCGCUGUGGGACUUUCGCGUCUAUUCUACGCUCGCCAUGAGGCUGCUGGGAGCUGCCGCCGCCGCCGCCGUGGGGCGCGGGCCGCUCCCGCGGAUCCCCGCUGCCCUCGGCUGCCCGGGGAAGCAGGCUAAUUGGAAGAUCUGCCGAUGGUGUUCAUCAGGGGUGAUUCCUAAUGAAAAGAUACGAAAUAUUGGAAUCUCAGCUCACAUUGAUUCUGGGAAAACUACAUUAACAGAACGAGUGCUUUACUACACUGGUAGAAUUGCAAAAAUGCAUGAGGUGAAAGGUAAAGAUGGAGUUGGUGCUGUCAUGGAUUCCAUGGAACUAGAGAGACAAAGAGGAAUCACUAUUCAGUCAGCGGCCACCUAUACCUUGUGGAAAGAUGUUAAUAUCAACAUUAUAGAUACUCCUGGGCACGUGGACUUCACCAUAGAAGUUGAAAGAGCCCUGAGAGUGCUGGAUGGUGCAAUCCUUGUUCUCUGUGCAGUCGGAGGGGUGCAGUGCCAGACCAUGACUGUUAAUCGUCAGAUGCAGCGCUACAAUGUUCCGUUUCUAACUUUCAUUAACAAACUGGACCGAAUGGGCUCCAACCCAACCAGGGCCCUGCAGCAAAUGAGGUCUAAACUUAAUCAUAAUGCAGCACUUGUGCAGAUACCCAUUGGUUUGGAGGGUGAUUUUAAAGGUAUUAUAGAUCUUAUUGAGGAACGAGCCAUCUAUUUUGAUGGAGAUUUUGGUCAGAUUGUUCGAUAUGGGGAAAUUCCAGCAGAAUUCAGGGCAGCAGCCUCUGACCGUCGGCAGGAGCUGAUUGAAUCUGUUGCUAAUUCAGAUGAGCAACUUGGAGAGAUGUUUCUGGAAGAAAAAAUUCCCUCAACUUCUGAUUUAAAGCUUGCAAUUCGAAGAGCUACUAUAAAUAGGUCAUUUACUCCUGUCUUUUUGGGAAGUGCCUUGAAGAACAAAGGAGUUCAGCCUCUUUUAGAUGCUGUUGUAGAAUACCUCCCCAAUCCAUCUGAAGUCCAGAAUUAUGCUAUACUCAAUCAGGAUGACUCACAAGAGAAAACGAAAAUCUUAAUGAACUCCAAAAGAGAUGAUUCCCAUCCAUUUGUAGGCCUGGCUUUUAAAUUGGAGGCAGGUCGAUUUGGACAGUUAACUUAUGUUCGCAAUUAUCAAGGAGAGUUGAAGAAGGGUGACACCAUCUAUAACACGAGGACAAGAAAGAAAGUGCGGGUGCAGCGGCUGGUUCGCAUGCACGCUGACAUGAUGGAGGAUGUUGAGGAAGUUUUUGCCGGAGACAUCUGUGCCUUGUUUGGCAUUGACUGUGCUAGUGGAGACACAUUCACAAACAAAGAGAAUAGUGGCCUUUCUAUGGAGUCAAUUCAUGUUCCUGAUCCUGUCAUUUCAAUAGCAAUGAAGCCUUCUAACAAGAAUGAUCUGGAAAAAUUUUCAAAAGGUAUUGGCAGGUUUACAAGAGAAGAUCCCACAUUUAAAGUCCACUUUGACACUGAGAGCAAGGAGACAAUUGUAUCUGGAAUGGGAGAAUUACACCUGGAAAUCUAUGCUCAGAGAAUGGAAAGAGAAUAUGGCUGUCCUUGUAUCACAGGAAAGCCAAAAGUUGCUUUCAGAGAGACCAUCACUGCCCCUGUCCCGUUUGAGUUUACACAUAAAAAGCAGUCGGGUGGUGCAGGCCAAUUUGGAAAGGUGAUAGGUGUGCUGGAGCCUCUGGACCCAGAGAACUACACUAAGUUGGAGUUUUCAGAUGAAACAUUUGGGGCAAAUGUUCCAAAGCAAUUUGUGCCUGCUGUGGAAAAGGGGUUUUUGGAUGCUUGCGAGAAGGGCCCUCUGUCUGGUCAUAAGCUCUCUGGACUUCGGUUUGUCCUGCAAGAUGGAGCACAUCACAUGGUGGAUUCCAAUGAAAUCUCUUUCAUCCGUGCUGGAGAAGGUGCUCUAAAACAAGCCUUGGCAAAUGCAACAGUAUGUAUUCUUGAACCUAUCAUGUCUGUGGAAGUUAUAGCUCCAAAUGAAUUUCAGGGACCAGUGAUUGCAGGAAUUAACCGACGCCAUGGGGUAAUCACAGGACAGGAUGGAGCUGAGGACUAUUUUACAGUCUAUGCAGAGGUCCCUCUAAACGAUAUGUUUGGUUAUUCCACUGAACUUCGGUCAUGCACAGAGGGGAAGGGAGAAUAUACUAUGGAGUACUGCAGAUAUCAGCCAUGUUCACCGGCCACACAAGAAGACCUCGUUAAUAAGUAUUUGGAAGCUACAGGUCAACUUCCUGUAAAAAAAGGAAAAGCCAAGAACUAACUUUCCUCACUUUGUUGACUAACUUUAAUUAAAUCUGCAAGGUUUAGAUACUUUAAUGGAUUCUGGUGAAUGAAUUCAGACUGAAAACAAGUAAUUUUAGAUUCCUAUUAUAUUCAGAAACUCUUGUGAUAUAAAAGUUAAUUCUAUGUAUAUCUCAACUCUUUGGUUUUCUACCUCAAAUAAAAUAUGGUUAUUACUGAAA